GAGAGUACCAAAGGAAAUCUAGACUUCCUUCAUUUAGAGCUUUAGUAGUGCAGACAGGGCUUGGCAGAAGGUAUAGUAAUGCGGUUCAGGGACUGUGAGACAGAUUUCUUGAUCAGGUGAGCUACAAGGAGGCGUGCAUUGAAUGUUCCUGAAGGCAUGCAAGGCACACAAGAGAGGUGCUGAUUAAAUUGGUAUUUCUGAAGGGACACGUGCAUGGCAGAACAGGAGUGUGGCGUUUUUUGUCAUCUGACACACGUAACAACCAAACUGACAGUCCUGGACGUCACACUGGGACCACCUUCAGGCUACAAAGGAAAUUAGUGGAUUCCUUUCUCUCUGCAAGUCAUUUAAUUUGAUGUACAGAUAAUACUGGCAGUGUAUAUUAACCCCCAGGAGCCUGGUGUCUUCACUGUCCUUCACUGACAACGGAGACAAGAUACUAUGACGAUGGCACUGACGCUGACGCUGCUGUUCCUGCUGGGGUGUUGUGUCUCUUAUAUAGAUGGCGUAAAACUGUGGGGGUCAAGCAACCCGCAGGUGGCCAACAUGUGGCGAAACGGAUGGAACAUACACGAAGAUACCUACAUCGGAGGGGAGUCCGCUUCCGCAACUUCCAACCCCGACAGCCGCACCAACAGCAAAGUUCACGACAUCUUCUUCCAACAAGGUUCAUACGCUUUGACGGGGCCGAACAGCGGCACCCAGUUCUACGCCAGCCCGGUGACACCCAGAGAAUGCCUCACCCUCCAGUACAAGGUCUUCUUCCCCCCAGGGUACGACUUCGCCUACGGUGGAAAGCUACCGGGUCUGUACGGGGGCGGGGUCAACUGUACAUCUGGAGGCGACCCAGGCAAGGACUGUUUCACGGCCCGAUUGAUCUGGAGAACGGAUGGCAUGGGAGGAGUCAGUCUUUUCGCUCCUGAAGUCGCCCAGCAGGGGGGAUUCUGCAGCUCAGCCGACGUUGAUUGUAAUCAAGACUGGGGUCACAAAGCUUGGGAGGGACAGCUUCUAUUUCCAGGAAGAUAUAUGGUACACCAUAUUUAUGACCGUCCGCCUCAACACACCCGGGCAAGCUAACGGCUACAUCCGGCUCGCGUCAAAUGUCCUCGGUUUGAUGUUUGAAGUAAAUGACGUCAUGAUCAGGAACACCGCCGAUGUUCAAAUCGACGGCAUCUUCUUUUCGGCUUUCUUCGGCGGCAAUUCGGCUUGCUCCGCCAGUCCACUCGACCAGAAUGUCUAUUUCAGUGCCUUCCGCCUCAAGGAUAACUUCUGUUAAAUUAUGAAUGAAUAUAUGUAUGAAAAUCAGCACAUUUGAUUUAUGUAAUGUAAAAUCUCAAAUUAUAGUUUAGAAAUAUCAUGAAAUAAAGUGAAUUGAAGCUUAA